AUGACGGACAUGGGGGGAGUCAGCCUCAUUCUAGGCAUGCAAGUCACGCGCAGCUACGAGGAAGGCACGCUGACCGUUGCGCAGAACAACUGCAUCAAGACUGCAACCCUAUUUGGAACCAAGACGCAGUCUCUCACGGCCCAAUCGACCGUCGAGAGCGAACUCCAAGGCAAUAGCUACGCUACCAGGGAGGCCGUAUACCUCUCCAACCUACUCAUGGAGUUCAAGUUCGACAUCUUCAAGCCUAUCCCCAUUUGCAGCGACAGCUCGGGUGCUCUCAGCCUUGCCGCCAACUCAAUGUUCAGCUCGAGGACCACGCACAUCGCGCUGCGGUUCUUCUUCCUUCGGGAACUGAUCAAGCGGCGCCGCAUCACGGUUAAGCAUUUGGACCGGAACAAGUCUAUCUCCAUUCUCGAACAGAUCGAAGAUUUCGGAUGCUAG